UCUUUUAGUGGGUGUGAAGCUGAUUUCCGUUGUUUUCGAUGUGUUUGAAGUAUUGGAAUCAAUGGGUGUGAAAUCUGUACUUUUUGUUGAAAUGGGUUUGUGCUGAUUGGUUAAAAAAUCGUUUCUUUUGAUAAAUUUAGGAUCUAAUAUCAGUAGAUUAAGACUUGCAUCAUGCAUGCAAGAUCUUAUGGAUGGGGUAAAGGUUGGGGUAAUGUUUGUUUUCAUCCUAUACUGGCCGGACUUUAUUUGCGGAAUUACACUGAGUUUGUUGCUGUUGUUGGUGGUGGUGGUGGCAGCGGUGAUCGUGGUCGUAUCACCUUGUGUGCACGGGGUACUUACUACCUCUCGCGUGUGUAUUGGAUAAUUUUGUGACUUUGGCAAAUGGGAUGUUAUGAUGUCUAUGCCUGAGGAUGUCAGACAUGGAUGGGGUGUGUGUUGGAGGACAAGGAGGAGUGGAUAACCACUUAUGGAACUCGUUUUUGUAGUGAAAAUAUUUUCCUAAAAUUUUAACCAACCAAAUAUGGAAAAUUGGAAAAGGGAAAACAUGUGAAAGUUUUACAGAUAUGACAGGAAGAAGUGUUGGAUGUUGGGAAGGAGAGAAUACUUUCUAUUUGGUCAUGGUUGUUUAGGAAUACGGCAGAUGUGCAUCCAAGAUUUUGAGACUGGUAAACUUUUCAAAGGGUUGUGUCAUGAGUAGUUGUGUGAAGCCAAAAGAACAGAAAGAGGCCAAUCCAGUUGUACUUCUCCAUGGUUUUGAUAGCACAUGUUUAGAGUGGAGGUACACGCUUCCAUUGCUUGAGGAGGCUGGUUUGGAGACCUGGGCAGUUGAUAUCCUUGGAUGGGGUUUCUCUGAUCUAGGAAGGCUUCCUUCGUGUGAUGUAGCUUCCAAGCGUGAUCAUCUUUACCAGCUGUGGUCUACCUACAUUAAGAGGCCAAUGGUGCUUGUCGGUCCGAGUCUUGGAUCUGCUGUUGCUAUUGACUUCUCUGUCCACUAUCCAGAAGCUGUGGAUAGGCUGGUUUUAAUAGAUGCAAGUGUUUAUGCGGAAGGUACAGGAAAGCUCGCAACAUUACCCAAAGCAGUAGCUUAUGCUGGGGUCUACUUGUUGAAAAGCAUACCACUUCGCUUAUGUGCAAUAUCAUUGGCUUUCAAUGGCUUACCAUUAAGUACAUGUAUAGACUGGACUAAUAUAGGUCGUUUACAUUGUUUAUUACCUUGGUGGGAGGAUGCUACAGUGAAUUUCAUGAUCAGCGGAGGUUACAACGUCAUUGAUCAGAUAAAGCAUGUCAAGCAAAAAACACUAAUUAUAUGGGGCGAAGAUGAUCAGAUUAUUGACUACAAGCUUGGAGUGCGAUUGCAUUGUGAAAUUCCAAGUGCGAAGCUACGCCAAAUACCCCAGUGUGGCCAUAUUCCUCAUGUGCAGAAGCCUGAUGUUGUCUCUAGGUUGAUCACGGAAUUUGUUCAGUCUGAUCAAUCACAAAGGACGAAACCUAACACUGUCUCCACCAUCUCUUUUCCUGUGAUUACUGGUACUUGUAAAAGCGGAUGUUUAGCAUAUCCAAAUUGACUUUCUGGUUCAACAUAGUGAUGAGGUUUGUUUGCCAGCUUCAAUGAUGAACUAUGAUUUCAUUCUUUAAGCAAUGUCGGCAAUAUUACCAACAUAGGGAAGGUGCUUUGGCGUCCAGUUCCAGUGUAACAAACUGAACACUUGAGCAAUCAGCUAACUACUUCAGCAUUCUGGUACAUAUUUCUUUCAGUUUUACUUCAAUACCCAGAGCUAGAGUUUAUCGCCAGUGAGGCAUAGCCUGGAUAAGCCUUAGUAGGCUGAGUUACUCAAAACCUUUGCUGGUUGGAGGUAGCAGCUGAGGGAAUAUUCGAGGAGCACGCAAGCUGGCAAACGCCAUAGUUAUGAUUUUUUUUAGCUUGGGGCAGUUGUGAACUUUUGUUGUGUAAUAUUCUCUUAAAUUAUCUUAGUUGAGGCAUACUGUUAGAUGGGAAGUUAGUUGAAUGAUAUAUGUUACUAGUAUUUGUCAUCUUUUUGUUAAAAGAAUAAGCUUUUCUGCACUAAUGGUUGCAUGGUUUCCUAUUUUUUGUGCCA